AUGGCUUUCUCUCCAGCACCACGGCUAUACUUCGCCUAUGGCUCCAGUCUCUCAACGUCUGAAAUGAAAUCCCAAUGUCCCACCAGCACAUUCCACGGUAUAGCUGUGCUUCGCAAUCACCGAUGGUUCGUUAAUGAACGCGGCUAUGCAAACAUCAUCCCUUCUCUAGCCGGUGCCAAUGGAACCGAAGAUGUCGUAUGGGGUAUUCUCUACACCCUGCGGCCUUUCGAUGAAGAGCUAUUGGAUAAGCAUGAAGGCAUGCCUUGGGCCUACAGUAAGGCGGAUAUGGAUGUAGAGACAGUCAGCAUUACCGAGGACGGUAGAGGGACGAGGAGAGAAGUCGUAAGAGCACUGGUGUACAUCGAUAGGGAGAGGAUACAAGAGAGCUAUCCAUGGCCAGAAUUUGUGGUGAAAAUGAACAAAGGCAUUCAAGAAGCAGCCGAGAGAGGCUUACCGGGUGUAUGGAUCUCGCGGGUGGUAAGAAGCUACAUUGCGGAUCCAUCGACACUCAGCGCAACAGAGGGCCAGCCCGAACCCGAGGCAGGGCCACCGGUGCACAAUGGAGCUUUACCAGCUCCAGCUACGCGGCCCGAAUCGGAUCACGCAAGCCAAAAGCAGGAGAGCGUGGUUGAGGUCCCGCUCGUCAACGGCGGGUCCCAAAAGGCAAGCUCGACUCAAACGAACCAAUUACGUGGUCUCCAAAACAGCAAGUACGCGCAUGAAAGCUUGAGCAAUACCAGCGGCGCGUCAAGACGAAGAGCAAAAGAAGUGGCCACGACACAGAAAAAUCCUUCCGGUCCUCCGGCCCGCAAUAACAAGCAGGUUGAGUGUUGGUGGUGGAAAGUCAAAGGCUCAUGUCGGUUCCCAGACAACCAAUGUGCAUAUGCUCAUCACAUUACUGGGCUCGUCUCGGAAGCGCCAGGCUCUCAGAAGAGGGGCACCUCCCUUGAGAAGACGAAUCCUCCCGUUCAUUUGAACAGUGUACCACGUCGAGAGAAGAACCCACCGUUCAAAGCUGGCACCGGAAACGAGAAUCACGAACAUCCCUACGGCUACAAAAAAGACUGGAGCGGGCAGCAGAAUCACGGAGACGCAAAUCCAUGGUCGGGUGAGCAGCAGAGUACAGCCGACGUGAAACCUUCGUGGGGCGAACAGGCGGGUAAAACCGAGGCAAACCCUUCAUGGAGCGAUCAGGUUGAGAACCUGAUGGAUAGCGAGCCAGAGUGGCUUGUGGCCAACGAUCGCAAGGACGUCAAGUGGUGA